GUCAAUCAAUCAAUCAAUUGAUCAAACAUUUUUGAAGCCACAGCCCGAGCAUAGGGAGCGUGCCACAGAAAAGUUACAGUUGCAGUUAGCUAGCAACAGUUAUGAGAGAGAAAGACCACUCACCAAGAAAGAUGCUUCCUAGCCCGAAACAGGGCUGCGUUUACCCUGCCUUAGGAUUAGUACCCACAUCGUAUAUAUCACACGUACCUUACGACCUGGCAGCCGCCGCCGCCGCCUCCUCCUCCGCCGCAGCGGCCACUGGCACGACGACAACCACCACGACGGCCGCCCGGCAUCAGCAUCAGCACCACCAGCACCAGCAGCAGCAGCAGCAGCAUCAGCAGCUCCAUCAUGGCGGCAAGGCCAAGAGGAGGAGCAGCUACGACCAGCCGCUGGAUCUGCGGCUGGCCCACAAGCGUAAGACGGAUCUGGGGGAGCCCGGAAGUCCCAUGGAGGACGAGAACAGCAACCUAAUCAUGUUCGCCAGCGAGCUGGCCGCCGCCCAGCAGAAGGAGAAGGAGCUGAACAACAACCACAUAGCCGCCUCGCUGGCGGAUCUGGGCUUCGACAUGAGCCGCAAGAUGCUGCGUGCCCUGCGGGAGGGAGCGGGCAGCGGGCCGGGCGGACCCACCACCACCCAUCCGCUCGGUGCACCGCCGCAGUGCACGGUGCCCACAGUGCAUCCCACGCUGCUCGAGGCCAUGACCAAGACGCUGCCGCUGCAGUACCGGAAUGUCUUUGCGGGAGUGCUGCCGGGAAAGGCCACCACAGCGGCUGCAUCGACGAGCCCCACGGGCGGCGAGUUCCCCUUCCGGCAUCCGCUGAAGAAAUGUGAGCUGACAUGGCCCCCGCCCACGGAGCAAUUGCAGCUGGAACUGCCAGGCGGGGGAGGAGGAGGCCCUGUGGGCCCUGCCAGCGGCGGAAAGACGGCUUCACAUCCCCAGCUGCAGGACUACCAGACCCGCCAGCACUCGCGAAAGACCAAGGCCCGAGCUCCGGCGUCCACAGGUGCCGCUGGGCCUGGAGCCGCCGCGCUGCCGCAACGCAACAAGGAUCGGUACACGUGCAAGUUCUGCGGCAAGGUGUUCCCCCGCUCCGCGAACCUCACGCGCCACCUGCGCACCCACACGGGCGAGCAGCCGUACAAGUGCAAAUACUGCGAACGUUCCUUCAGCAUCUCGUCGAACCUGCAGCGCCACGUGCGCAACAUCCACAACAAGGAGCGGCCCUUCAAGUGCGAGAUCUGCGAGCGCUGCUUCGGCCAGCAGACGAAUCUGGACAGGCACCUCAAGAAGCAUGAGUCGGAUGCGGUGUCGCUGAGCGCCUUGAGCGGGGUGAGCGAACGGAUGCACUGCAUUCGACGCUUCUGCGAGAAUCCCAGCGAGGAGUCCUACUUUGAGGAGAUCCGCACCUUCAUGGGCAAGGUCACCCAGCAGCAGCAGCAGCAACAGCAGCAACAGCAGCAGCAGCAUCACCAGCAGCAGCAAAACCAUCAUCAGUCAGUGACCACGCCCCGCAGCUCGGCCAGCAGCUCGUGCUCCUCCUCGCACACGCCCACAUCCUCGCGGCACACGCCCACGCAGUCGGACACAUCGGAGGCGCUGGCCCAAGAGCUGCGCCGCCUGCAGGCGGAACGCAUCAAAGUUAGUGAAGACAGCAACGAUGCAACCUCCGCAGCUGGAGAGAGCACAGCAGCGAGAACUUCCCCAGCCGCCGAGGAGGAAGAUUCCAAGCCCAUUCUCGAGACUCUGACGUCCAAGCUAUUUCCCACUACCAUACCGAAUGCUGUUGCUGCUGCUGCUGUCACCAUCAAAGAGGAGCAGCAGCAUACCUAAUGGACAGCCAACAAGAAUUUUCAACACAUUUUCCUACUAUAUAAUCGCAGAAGAGAGCAGUUGCUCUCCACAACAACUACACACACACACACACACACACAAACGCAACGGAAUGGAAUGGAAUGGAACGCAACGAAAGAAGAUCCCUAAACUAUAUCUACUAUAGAGCACGUUCGUCUUUAAAGUCUAGCUGUAAAUAUCUUAAUCCUAAUAUCUUAAAUGUUCUUUAUGUGUAAAUGUAAUUGUACAAAACAAGAAUUGGCAAAUCCAUAUAUGUAUCUAUAUCUAUCUAUACCUACAUAUAUAUACAUACAUGCAUAUAUAUAGUAUAUGUGUAAUCUACGAUUAGAUAUGGCUUAAGCAUUGGUAUUUUUUGUGUGUGUAUAUAUACAAAAUGACACGAUAGAAAUGUAUGAAAAACAGGAAAAGAAAAGAAACAAACGCAAUCACUGUUUGAAAUAAAAAGUUACAAGUUUUUAAAAUUUACUAAAUAUCAGAUUUUUGAUAAAUGGAUUUUCGGGCUUGCUUAACAGUUUAAAAUUAAUUUAAUUUAAUUAAAUUCAAGUUGGACACACUGGCGCCAGCUGCUGGAAUAGUUCAGUUUUAUGUAUGGCGCUACUAGCGGCCAGUAUACGUAACAGUUCCUACCGUCCACUAGCUGGCGCAUUGGUCUCAUGACGUCCAGACUUUGUCAGUACGAAAAACUAAAUAUGCGACAUUUAACUUCCAUAUUAGGCUGCAGGUAUGGCAGCCCGCAGCAACUACGAAUUGCACGAGUCUGGCAACGCCACAA